AAAAGACUAAAAAUACAGUCUAUAUUAUUUUAAUACAUUUGAACAUGCCCGUUGUUUGGAUAUCUUUCACAUCUUAACUAAUAUCAUGAACGCUAUUAGCUAACACUGGAACCUCCGGCAGAAGAGGCGAGAUUUAGAUUACACCACUACCAGUAUGGCGAACGCUUGUUCUAUUCACUUGAGCUCCAUUCUACACAGAACCGGAAUACGGAUACGUCAUGAGCAAAAUUUCCCGCCAUAUGUAUUACUCACGUUCUAAUGGCGAGGCUGCGAAACCAGCAAAACGCCUAUCGCCGAUCACACGGGCACUUACACAAAAUGCUGGCACCUUGUCGGCCACGCUAGUGUUGCUCACGUCGUUUCUCAACCAGUUGUCAGUAACGUUUCGAUCGCGAUCGUGCGCGACUGUGCGCAAAUGCGGGUGCACGUGUGAUCACGCGAAGGACUGCAAAAGCUACACAAAACAAGGCAGGAUCCGUGAUCAGCAUACAAAGCCGCCGCAAACCAUACCACAACCCUUGCCAAUGGAGAACGCAAGUGCGUCAACGACCGGCCCGGUGCCAGAUUCGGUGGCCAACGCGCUCAUGAGUAUUCAUCCGCGGUACAACAGCUUCCACCAGCACAAUGCCUUCCCGGCGGCAGCACCCGUCGGGAGUUUGGGCGCACGGUACGAGCAGAACGCGGACAGCCCGGGCAUGGCCACGAACCAUCAGAAUGGGCUCAGCACUGGCAAUGGCGGAAAUACGACCGUGCAACCGGCGGCCACAAGCGUCAUCAAUCUGUCGAACUCGAGCGACGUCGUCAUUGGCCCGAUGACACAGUACCAAGGUUCCGUUACUAUCUACCAGUACAUGGAUGCGACCGUCGAAGCUAGCCGAAUUGCAAAUGGAUACAAUAAUCAGAACCAGUUGAUGGGACCAAAUACUUCGCCGGGCAUAAAAUACGAACGCCUUAUCGUGUACAGCAUAAUUACACUCUUUAUAAUCAUUGGUUUGGUGCUAUUGUUUUACGUUAUCUUCAUGAUGUUCCCCUCCGGCGACAAUAUUAUUCCAAAGGAACUAUUUUUUGAAGACAACUCUGCUUCUAAAUCAAUUCCCAAUCUCGGCAACGGGCACAUGGUCAUCGAUCGCCACAACUGGGGUGCACAGCAGGGUGUACAUGGACCGUACAAGCUGCCACAUCCCAUUCCGUACGUGCUGAUAACGCACAUAGGCGUCCACUCGGAAAUCUGCUCCGAUGUGCACGUUUGCUCCAUCAAGAUGCGCACGCUGCAAGAUGCAGCAAUUGCCGAGAAAAGUCUGCAAGACAUACCGAGCAAUUUUUAUGUCGGUGGUGACGGAAACGUUUACGUUGGUCGUGGAUGGGAUACGGCCAAUGCGUACGCUAAUAUGUCACUGGCCGUGUGCUUCAUGGGCGAUUACGGGCGGUAUGAACCGAACGAUCUUCAGCUUUCAGCACUGGAUCAUCUAUUGACGUUCGGCGAGAAACACCGCCUUUUAACGGAAGACUACAAAAUCGUCGCACAUCGACAGGCACGAACUACACGCAGUCCUGGGAUAAAACUGUACGAGAAAAUAACGAAACUCACGCGAUGGUACCCGUGCGGACUACCAGGUUACGCAAAGUGUGGCGUCGAAAUAGGCCUACCAACAGUCUGGGAUCAAGAAUAUCCAAAAUCGAUCCCUACAAUAGUUGCUACAGUUAGUGAUAAUAGUACUCAAACCAAUUAAAAGCAUUACAAACGAAUUUAAAGCAAUUUUGUUAAAUACUCAGGAAAUAUUGUUGUCUAAAAAUCAAUUAUUGUUUUUCAUUGUUGUUAAAUGCAUUUUGUUCUUAAGAUAUCGACAAACUUUUGAUCAUUUUCUAUAAUAUGUUUUCGUUAGCAUAGGUUUCCUUUUCUUCUUAUAUAGCACAUUAACCUUUCUGACUUGGUAUACCGCAAACCACUAAUGGACUUUUGCUAUCGGUGACUUGAUGUGUUUAUACCUUGAGAGCAGGAUAGUUAGUUCAUUACGGAUUUGAACCGAUUAUAGGCCGAUGAUAGGUAGGUUGUUAAGUCGUAGUUGAAUAGGUUCAUUGUAAUGAAUUAUAAGUCAAAUUUUCUCUACUAAAAUAAUCCUGUGGUUAUUGAUUGUUGAGUUGAGAUUUUAUAGACAUUCAGAGAUCGGGUCACUUUUACAAUAAUGAAAAAACAUUCAUGGCGAAAAAUAAUUUAUGAUUAAUUAAAAUGUACAUGCUUUGUACAAAUAUAUAGAAGCUAUACAAAAAUACAUCAUCUCCAAACAUU